AUGUGGUGCAGCUUUGUUUACAGAAGAACCCACAGUGCGUGCGUGGCCACCGCUGGCUUUCUGUUAUUAAUGGGACUCUGCCUGCUUUGCCUCCCGGACCCGUUCCCGCUGGAGCCGGUCGGGUCCGAGCAGAACCGCGCGGUGACGCUCCUGGUCUGGAAUCAUCCGUUCGGCCGACGCCAGAAGCUCCCGGACUGUUCCGCGCUCUUCCAGAUCCACGGGUGCACGAUCACCGACGACCGGAGCUCGUACCCGGAUGCGGACGCGGUGCUGGUGCACCACCGGGAGGUCGCCACCGGCUCCGCGGAGCUGCCACCGGAACCGCGUCCGGUGGAUCAGAAGUGGAUCUGGAUGAACUACGAGUCCCCGGCGCACACCCCCGCCCUGUGGCGCCUGGAGGGGCUGUUCAACCUCACCAUGAGCUACCGGGCGGACUCGGAUGUGUUCCUGCCGUACGGGUUCCUCAUCCCGCGCCUGCGUAGAACCAGGACGACCCCGGACCGCUUCACGCACCAGCUUCACGCACCGUCCCCCGCACAGCUCCGCCGGCCCCGCCUCGUGGCCUGGGUCAUCAGCAACUGGGCCGACACGCAAGCUCGCGUGGCUUUCUACCGCAAGCUCCGCAGGUACGUGCACGUGGAUGUGUACGGGAACGCGGGUCGUCCGGUUCCGGAGGACGGGGGUCCGGGCGGCCUGGCGCGCCUGAUCGGGCGCUACCAGUUCUACCUGGCGCUGGAGAACUCGCAGCACACCGACUACAUCACGGAGAAGCUGUGGAACGCGGUGCUGGCCGGAGCGGUGCCGGUGGUCCUGGGUCCGGACCGGAAGAACUACGAGCGCUUCCUGCCCCCGGAGGCCUUCAUCCACGUGGACGACUUCCCCACGGUGCGGGGUCUGGCUCGGUACCUGCUGAUGCUGAGGCUGAACCCGGGCCGGCUCCGGCGCCACCUGGACUGGAGGGGGAGCUACAGCAUGCACCGGCCCCCCCUGUGGGCUGAGCACUACUGCACCGCCUGCAGGGCGACCAGGACGAGCCUGGGCAGGACUGAGGUGGUCAAAGACCUGACGAGCUGGUUCUACUCAUGA